AUGAGACGGCGCACGCGGAAAUCUCUCGUCCACCUCGCCCUCUUCGGAGGCAUCCUCGUCUUCCUCCUCUACAUCAACCGGCCGCAGUCCAGCAGCAAGACCUUCGCAUGGACGCGCAUCCGCUACAAGAGCAAGUCUGGUACGCUGCCCCCGGCUCGCGGCGUCUGUGCCGGGCUGGCAACGAGCGCGAAGCCGGCACUGGUCGUGUCACGUGUUGCCGCCGACGGCGAUCCCAGCUGGCUCGAUGCGUUGGCCGAUUCCUACCACCUGUGCAUCUACAGCGCCGACGAAGCGACGACGACGACAACGUCUGGAUAUCUCCCAGUGCCCGCCAACCGCGGCCAUGAAGCCAUGGCAUAUCUGACCUUUCUCAUCGACAACUACGCCGACUUCCCUGCCGCCGGCGCCGUCUUCGUGCACGGCUCGCGCUGGGCCUGGCACAACGACGCCCCCGACUACGACAACGCCGCCCUGCUGGCCGCGCUCAACGUGUCCCGCGCCCUCGCGCCCUGGGGAUACCAUAACAUGCGCUGCGACUGGAGCGCCAGCACGUGUCCGCCGUCGACGCCGCCGCAGGGGAGCCUGGAGACGUCGGUGCAAGCCGCGCUGGUGCCGUGGGACGCGCGCGCCGUCUCUGACGCGGCGCUGCCGCGCGCGCUGGCCCUCCUGUUUGGCGGCCAUGAGAAGAAGGCCUCGUCGGGAUUGCUGCUCGGGCGCACCGAUGCGGUUCGCGCGCAGUGCUGUGCGCAGUUCGUCGUCGCGCGCCAUCGCGUCUGGCAGCACUCGCGCGACGAGUACGUCGCGUUGCGCCAGUGGCUGCUGGAGACAGCACCGCGCGACGACCGCAUCGCGGGCCGCAUCUUGUCGUACGUCUGGCACAUCCUGUUCAUGUCGCAAGGGGAAUCCGAAUCGGCCACGGGCGUUGAUCUGGAGAGGCUCAAUUCCCUCGCGUGUCCGCGCGCCGACGAGUGCUAUUGCCGCUUGUAUGGACGCUGUGGGCUGGAUCGCUGUACGAGUCCUGGGAGUUGCUAUGGCCAGUAUCAAUUGCCCAGGGACUAUAAACUUCCUGAGGACUGGGCGGCGAGGCAUUCGGAACCUUGA